AAGCUGCACCGAAUAUUCGCGUCUCACAUCAAGACAUCCCAACUUCAAUCUUCUCGUCCUCCGCAUCAGCGCCUGGCAUUUUCCCACGGUCCAUCGCGCCAGAUCGGUGCCUGAUAGCUGGCAAGCCAUGCAUCCAGUCGUCAACCUCCCGACCCCGGCUGCCGGCGAUGUCUUCACCCACAACGGGAACCUGAACGUCACCAACGCCGCAGCGAACAUCUUCGUUGUGUACGACUGCGAUGCGAGGGACGCCGAACAACCUUCCUCGAGUCUCACCGUAGACUUUGUCAUGGGAAACGUCUAUCUCAUCGACGCCUCGCUAUUCGGCCACUGGGGAAGCAACCGUGUCUUUGGGAAUCUCGUCAAAGGCCUCGGACUCCAACUCGAAGGGCGUCUUGAAGGCGAUCGCUCUGUCGACACGGUCUACGAUGACGUCGUAUGCGUUGUUAAUGGACAACUCCCUACGUCCUGCGCGAUCGGCACCAUUGCUGGCAAUUUGGUCACCGUUUCUGACCUUACCAGUUCUAGUGGGAACGAGGCAAGCCAGGUUCACAGCGUCACAACCAACUACAUUUACGGAUGCCACCUCCUCGAAUCCCAUCUGUCAUACGGCGGUGGCCUUCAAAGGGCUUACUCUGCCUGGGCUUCGAUGACAUUCCUUCCUGUCCGGCCAUUCAGCUUGCCUGCGAAUGGCAUUCCAUUCCCCGCCCAGAACAGUACUUCCUACACCAGCCAUACUCUCAAGGCUAGCUUAGUGGAUCACCAUGAUACUCUUGGACUUCGAAGUGCCGAACAGGAGGUCAAGCAAUUGAGACGAGUCGUGGACGACUUGUUCUUGCGGAUUACCUCAGGCCAAGCGACCGCCACGGCAGACCAAGGAAGUCUACAAGCAGGAAGCUCGUACACACAGCAGAUAUCCAGAGGCCGGACAACUCAGCGCGAUGUCGUCUCUGGCUCAGGCUACCAACGCACCAUAAUGUGUGCAAAUUGUUGCAGAGGAGGCCAUGAGGUCAAGGACUGCAUUGGUCCGGUGGAUGUCGACGGCUUCAUUUCCGCCUGCCCCAUAUGCAACGUACGCGAUCAUCCAUUUUCCAGUUGCCACAAACUGAAGGAGACCAAGAAGAAGACCAAGAAAACCCUGGAAUUCUUGUAUCUCGUCCAGCGUCGACAGAACAAGCCUCCCAUUCGAUCGACUACUUGCUGGAUAUCCGUCUGGGCCGCAAGCGACUGCCCUCGAAUGCAGCUGCCUCAUACGAAGGAUUUCGCCCAGAAGAUCGGCCAAGGACUGAUCCUACAGUACCCUGACUGGCGAACUUAUGACUACUCCGCACCCUUGCCACAGCGCGACGCAACCAAUGCCGCCUUACUUCGGGACCCAAGUACCGAGUAUGAAUCCGGAAGACCAUGUAGUCUAUUCCCAGGAACCCAAGGCAUGUCCAUAGGCGAAGGAUACAACGUGGUCAGAGCCAAGAUGCACAGGCUGGGUAUCAAUCUUUUACCGAAUGCCCCGAACCCGGCAACGUUGCAGACCAAGAAGAUGAAGAAGCAGGCCAAGCGGAAUCAGACCGAAACGGCCUUGAGUCAAGGAGACGGCAGUCGCUUUGCAACAGGGGCAAACUGCACCAUUGUUCAGAGGCCUCUUCCAGUCUUGCCACCAAAACCGGUCUUCACCCGCGCCCUGACCAUCAAUAUCAAGCAAGAAGAGGUCGAUUGAUGUUCAGAUCGUUGAGUCUUGUGGUCGAUCACCUUGAUUCAGGAUCCCCUCAUUGUGUCACAAUCAAGCUCAUGGAGAGAUGUCACUCCGUGUGGUAACGGGGAGGUGGUCCAUCGCACCUGUAUUGGAGUUGGGGUAUACUGCCUUAACCACGAGUAGCCUGAUACGCGCGUGGCUACAUCUGAGCAUGGCUUAGAUAGAGAAUAUCAAAUAUGUGCGCUAUUCGA